AUGCCUGCUUCCGACUCUCUUCAGCCUCCUUUGACCCCGGCCGAACGUGAUAUUGUCAAGUCAUACGGCGGUUGGACCAACUUCAUGCUUGCCAUGGGCCUCAAGCCGUGGGUGGACGAUGAUAUGGCUGAAGGCAAGGCUAUUCUGGAGGGUUUAGUCCACAAUGAUUCGGAACACUGA